GCAGUGCCGUGGACCAAUCAGCGGGCUCCACGGCAGAGGCCGGGUUCCCAUGUUGUACCAGCUGUAAGUUUCUGUCCGGUUUGUCCACGUAAACCUUCAAAACUUCCAACUUUCUGAGCAAAAAACAGGCGAAAAACAGCAUGGAAAUCAACACAGGUUGGUUGGUUGUGGCAUUCCUAGCGGCUACUGCACAUGCUCUGUACAGCCCCAGUGAUGAUGUCAUCGAGUUGACCUCUACCAACUUCCAGCAGAAGGUCAUCCAGAGUGGAGACGUCUGGCUGGUCGAGUUCUACGCUCCUUGGUGUGGCCACUGUAAGAACCUGGUACCAGAAUGGAAGAAGGCAGCUACAGCACUCAAGGGAGUAGCAAAAGUGGGUGCAGUGGACAUGACAGCUCACCAGUCAGUCGGAGGUCCCUACAACGUCCGCGGGUUUCCCACCAUCAAGGUCUUUGGACUAAACAAGGACAAACCUGAGGACUACAAUGGUGCGAGAUCUGCCCAGGCGCUGGUUGACUCGGCCAUGCAGCAGGUGCAGAAGGUGGUGAAAGCGAGGCUGAGCGGGAAGGGCGGCAAGUCCGGCGGGUCAGGGGGCAGCGGCGGUCAAGGGUCAGGCAGUAAGGCAGGAAAUAAAGACGACGUAAUCGAACUAACAGACGGGAACUUUGAAGACAAAGUCCUGAACAGUGACGACUUGUGGUUGGUUGAAUUCUUCGCGCCUUGGUGCGGACACUGCAAACGUUUGGAGCCGGAGUGGGCCUCGGCAGCCACUGAGCUGAAGGGCAAGGUGAAGCUGGGAGCUCUGGACGCAACCGUGCACACAGUCAUGGCCAGCAGGUAUCAGAUCCAAGGUUUCCCGACCAUUAAGGUGUUUGCAGCCGGUAAGAAGGACGGAGACGCCACAAACUACGAGGGCGGGAGAACAGCCUCCGACAUUGUACAGUACGCACUGGAUGCAGUCGCUGAGAACAUCCCACCACCCGAGGUGUUGGAGGUUGUGGGUGCAGAGGUCAUGAAAACAUGUUCAGAGAAACAGCUGUGCGUGGUGUCAUUCCUGCCACAUAUACUCGACACAGGAGCUUCAGGCAGAAACCAGUACCUGACUCAGCUGAGAGGGAUGGGAGAGAAGUACAAGAAGAAAAUGUGGGGCUGGGUCUGGGCAGAGGCAGGAGCUCAGUCUGAACUAGAGGAGGCUCUCGGCAUUGGAGGCUUUGGAUAUCCCGCCAUGGCAGCAGUGAACUCCAGAAAAAUGAAGUACGCCACAUUAAAGGGCUCCUUCAGCGAAUCAGGGAUCAACGAGUUUCUCAGGGAGUUGUCAGUUGGCCGAGGUUCCACUGCUCCAGUUAAAGGAGCCGCGCUGCCAGAAGUACAGACCAUCGACCCAUGGGAUGGAAAGGAUGGACAGUUACCUGAGGAAGAAGAAUGGGACCUUAGUGACGUGGAACUGGACGACCUUGAAGAAGACACCAAGGACGAAUUGUGAGGACCUUCAAGACGUAGCAGAAAAAUCUCCUUUUUCUUUUCUUUUCUUCACUCGUUUUUUUUUUCGCCGAGGUGACUCCAGUGGAAGAAUAUAGUUUUAUCAAAAGUUGCAAGAAAGUAAUAUUUUAUGUUGUUCAUUUCAUGUAGGGAGGGGGGUUGGUUUAGAAUAGUGGUAGAACUGCCAACGUUGUUUGUAAACAAAUUGUUUUUGUUUAUGAAACGAUUAUCGAAGCUGAAUAGUUGUAAUUCUCUGUACAAAAUCUGUGCAAUCUUGGUGUAAAGAAGUCCUUGCCUUAAUGCUCAGGCCUUGGUUGCCUAUCCUAUACUAAGUAACUUCUUGUC